AAUGAAGAAGGGUUUGACAAAAGUUGCAUCGAAGAAAACCGAGAAACCGUUUCUGCUUGAAGAGUUGCCUUCAUUGCCACUCGGUGAUAUUGUGAAACAAUUGCCAAUGUUCGAGCUCGUGAAACUGGCGUUACUAUCUCAAAAAGCAAAGAGAUGGGUAUUGGAGCACUCGCGUCGACAUCUUGUUCAAUUGACUGUCAAUCUCGGAGAAACGUUCAUCAUCAAAAUCGGAUAUGACGGAGAAGCAACCAACGAGAUUGUGAACAUAAAACUGGAUGAUAUGCCUCCAAAGAGGGUGUAUAGAACUAGGAGCUCAACGAGACUGCCAAUGAAUUUAUUGAAAAUUGACCCCAUUUUCCCAUCAUGCUGCGCCAAAAACACCUAUGGAACUCGAGUCGAAACAGUGAAGUAUUUGAUUAAAUACUUUUCAAAGACGUUCAAGAUGAUCUCGAUGGAACUCACCUUUGAUAAGCAGCCCGACGCUGUGAUUCUUGAUAUCAUCAACCUUGUGAAUCAUUUGAAAAUCAAAAUGGAUACUCUGGCAGUUGCUGGAAAGAACAACAGCGACGAAGUGUUCAAGUGCAUCAUUGAUGAAGUUAGCCGAGUUUCGUCUCUUCAAAUCUGGGGAUUCCCAAAUGGCGAAAGACUGUUGGGCUUGAAUGAUGAUUAAAAUUUUCUGAACUUGAAUAACUUUUGAUAAUUUUUUGUUUCUAAUUAUAAGGUCAAAUGUUAAGCCUCAGUAAUAAAUCCAUGUAUUUCUUUCCUCUUCCAUCUGUUUUUUUUUCGUAUUCCUCACUUUCGCUUUUCCCAUUUUUAGAUAUCCUAUAAAUUAUCAAAAAAAGUUCAACUAAUAAAAUAUUGUCCAU